AUGUUCCAAACGACCUGGGAAGGGCUGGGAUGGAGCAUGUUCACGCUUGAGCUUCAAGAUCAAGUGCGGCCUGCUUUCUUGGGGGCUGCCGUCGCUGUUGGUGCUGUCAUCUUGCUCCUCUUUGUGUUGAAGAAGCAUGGCUGGAAAGUAUGUGCAAUCGCAGUUUACCUGGGCGCCCUCUGCCUGAGUGGCUUCCUGGCGGUGGAUAUCUGCAUGAGGGGUUUUACAGAUCUAGCAGUGCUCUUGGAGCUCUUUGUCUCAUUCCUGGUAGUGGGUGGGGUGGAAAAGGACCGCCUGCAGGGAAUUCAAGGCUUGGAGCAGGCCCGGCAAUUGAGAAAUGGCUACUCCGGCUCUGUUCGGGAUGCACAGAGCUCCAACCCGAAUGACUUGGGGCGCAUCCUCGGGGAGAUUGAGCAAAGGGGUCUUCAAAAAGAAGUGGACCACGCGGUGGAUGCGCUGCUGACCAUGAACAUCGUGACCAAAGAGCUGCAGGUCGUGAUUGCGCGGCUCGGGGGGGGACGCCUCGGAAAUGCCUCGGUCUGGAGCACAGCUCUCUUCAGUUCAAGCUGCUGCUUCUUCGUCUUUCAGUGUGUUCAGGUCUACAGGUACAGGAUCUAUGAUGAAGAGCCUCCGGCAUCUCACUGGGCACUCUUUGGCGUGGCGAUCUUUGAGGCUGUGGCUUGGCCCCUGGUUUUCCUUCUGCUGCCCGUUGAACGGAAAGCAUUCGGACAACGAGGCCUGCCCUUGCUUCUGAUUCUAUUUCCCGGCCUUAUCGGCCUAUGGCCGGGCUUCUCCUUCGACGCCACGGCGCACUUCGGCAUCAUCCCCGUGAUCCUGGUGAUAGCUAUCCUGGGCCCGGCCAGGGCCUCACGGAUUCCGAUCUUGGGGCCGGCCUUGGUGCGCGUGAUGUUUGGGCGGAUGCCGUGCAAGCGCUGA